AUGCGUGAAGUCAUCUCCGUACACGUUGGUCAGGCCGGUGUCCAGAUCGGUAACGCCUGCUGGGAACUUUACACCGUUGAACACGGUCUUGGUCCCGAUGGUCGUCUUAUCGAUACCUCGCCCUCCCACCACGAUGAUGGCUUCAGCACCUUCUUCUCGGAGACCUCCUCUGGCAAGCACGUGCCUCGGUCGCUUUACGUCGAUCUCGAGCCCAAUGUCAUCGACGAGGUUCGGAAUGGUACCUACAGGAGUCUCUUCCACCCGGAGACUCUCGUGACGGGCAAGGAAGAUGCUGCUAGCAACUACGCCCGUGGCCACUACACGGUGGGCAAGGAGCAGAUCGACCUCGUCAUGGACAAGAUUCGCCGUCUGUCCGACAACUGCAAUGGGCUCCAGGGCUUCUUUGUGUUCCACUCGUUUGGCGGUGGAACCGGCUCUGGGUUCGGCGCUCUCGUUCUUGAGCGCCUCUCCACCGACUAUGGCAAGAAGUCCAAGCUGGAGUUCAGCGUGUACCCUGCGCCGACGAUGGCGAACUCCAUUGUUGAGCCUUACAACUCCGUUCUCACCACGCACACCACACUUGAGCACUCCGACUGCUCCUUCAUGGUUGACAACGAGGCCAUUUACGACAUCUGCAAGAAGCGUUUGAACAUCAGCUCGCCCGGCUUCGCCAACCUGAACAGGCUCAUCGCCCAGGUCGUCUCCUCGAUCACCGCGUCCCUCCGUUUCGAUGGCUCCUUGAACGUUGACUUGAACGAGUUCCAGACCAACCUUGUUCCCUUCCCUCGUAUCCACUUCCCCCUCGCCACCUUCGCGCCUAUCAUCUCGGCCGAGAAGGCCCACCAUGAGCAGAACUCUGUCAUUGACAUGACGUUCUCGUGCUUCGAGGCUGGUAACCAGAUGGUGAAGUGCGACCCCCGCGAGGGCAAGUACAUGGCUUGCGCUUUGCUCUACCGCGGCGACGUUGUUCCCAAGGACACCAACGCCGCCGUCAGCCUGAUCAAGACGAAGCGCACGAUCCAGUUCGUCGACUGGUGCCCUACCGGCUUCAAGCUCGGUAUCUGCAACGAGCCUCCCGCGCACAUCCCCGGCGGUGACCUUGCCAAGGUCACUCGCUCCCUGUGCAUGCUCUCGAACACCACCGCCAUCUCGGCCGCGUGGAGUCGUCUUGACCACAAGUUCGACCUCCUCUACUCGAAGCGUGCUUUCGUCCACUGGUACGUCGGUGAGGGCAUGGAGGAGGGCGAGUUCUCCGAGGCUCGCGAGGAUCUCGCUGCCCUCGAGAAGGACUACGAGGAGGUUGGCAUUGACUCGGCCGACGCUGAGGAGGUUGGCGAGUACUAG